GAGCUGCUCACACAGUGUCUCCUGAACAGAACACACCUCGUCAAUGGUAAUCAACAUCUCACGAUAUUAUAAACAUAAAUUAUUUUUGUUGAAAUAUAUUCUCUGAGGCACAGUGAGAAAUUACUUUGGGUGCAUCCUUGGGUCAUGGCGAGCGCAGCUCCCGCUGAGAACGUGGACCGUGAGUUGACCUGCUCCAUCUGCCUGGACACGUUUGAAUGCCCCUCCACGCUGAGCUGCGGCCACUCGUUCUGCCUCCAUUGCCUGGAGGACGCCUGGAAGGAGACAGACUCCUACUGCUGCCCGCAGUGCCGCAAGACCUUCCCUCGACGACCCCAGCUGACCAGGAACGUGACGAUCGCCAACCUCAUAGAGCAGCUGCUCGUGACUGAGACCAUGGCUGUUGCUGCUGCUGAUAGUGUUGUUUUCUGUGAUAACUGCCCAGAAGGAGAAACACUUGCAGUGAAAACCUGCCUCAAGUGUGACACAUCCUUCUGCACGGAGCACCUCGCGCCUCACCUGGAGAAGAAGAAGUUUAACGAUCACGUCCUGGUUUCACCAGAUGUGAACCCUGAAGCACGCAAGUGCAAGAGGCACAACGAAGAGCUCAAGUUCUACUGCAAGCAGGACGUGAGCCUCGUGUGCACAGUCUGUGCCAUCGCUGGAGAACAUAAAGGGCAUGAUGUUGACACGCUGGAGGACGAGCAUCAGACACGGAAGAGUGGAGUCGGAGAGGAGAUGCGAGCGGUGGAGGAGAAGAGGAAGAAGGCGGAGGCGUCCGUGGGACGGAUGGAGGCCGCUCGCAAGGACGUGCAGGAUUGCAUGCUCCAGACCAAGGCUCGCAUCUCAGACGAGUUCACCCACAUGAGGGUGACGCUGGAUGAGGACGAGAGGGCAGCUCUGGAUCGCGUGGACGUGAAGGGGCGUGAGCUGCUGUCCCGGAUUGAGGAGAACAUCGCUCAUUACGAGCACGAGAUCAGCGAGCUCCAGGCAGCAGCCACGCGCCUGCGCACUCUGCAGGAGGAGAGGGACUCGCUCAUGUUCCUGCAGGUUCACCUGAAGGAGACAAACCGGAGAGACGCUCAAAAGGGAGAUCCACCCUCAUUUCCCGGUGAAGAAGACAUCGCUACGAUCAGCGCCCUGCAGGGAGCUGUGGUCAACCUGCUGGCAUUCAUGUACGGACGUUCACCGACUGUGGACCCAAACUCGGUCCACAACAACCUCCAGAUUUCCUCAGACCUCAGGACGGUGAUGCUGACCGCUGUCUCCCAGGGUCGACCCGAUCACCCACACCGCUUUGAUAUAUACUACCAAGCCUUGUGCUCCGAGAGCUUCUCGUCGGGUCAGCACUACUGGGAGGUGGACGUGGGAGGUGCGGCGGGGGACUGUGAGGUUGGAGUCACGUACGGGAUAAUCGCACGCAAAGGGCGUGGUGAAGAGUGCGGGCUGGGACAGAACGACUCAUCCUGGGUAUUAUAUAAAUAUAACAACAGCUGCUACGUGCGUCAUGGUGGUGUAGAUACCUCAGUGUCGGUGAGGGAUCCUCCCCGGAGAGUCGGGUGUCACCUGCACUGGGAGGCGGGGCUGCUGUCGUUUUACCGCGCCGACUCUAUGGAGCUGCUGCACUCCGUCCACCACUCUGUGGGUGUAUGGUGAUGGAAGCUCAGUGAGGAUUCUGGAUCUGAGUCGUGCGUCCUGAGAGCGCGGAGUGUGAGCAGAGAAACGGGCACAACGCACAGACUCGUGCACACAAAGACACAGAUCCCCCUGUAUAGCGUGAAUAGGCUGUUGGGGCAAGUGCUGUGAGCGAGCACCUAUGAAGGCCGGCACAGCACUCUAGGGGGUGGGUGGUCAACACCACGCGCAGCUGCCUUUGUUUCCCCAGUGGUGAUGUUUACACACAGUACUAGGAAAAAAAUGUUCAGGCUGAGUCAACCUAGGGGAGGCCCAUGACCGGUUCACCAACACCAGUGACGUUUAUCGGAAUCGGUCCAGGCUCUCCCCUCGGUCGACUGAGCCUAAAUGAGUACCUGCUGCGAUAUGCAAACAUCGCCACUGGAGAGACGAAGGCGGGUCUGGCGGGGUGCUUGUCACCGACCCCCUCGUGUGCCACAGUGCCGGACUUCAUAGGUGCUACUAGCAAACAGCACUUGCCCCUACAGUCUGUUAAGGCAUCACGGGGGAUAAUUUUCUUUGGGUUAGUGGGUUGGUCUGUAUGCCUUUGUCUGUGUGUGUGUCUUUUGUUACUGUGUCUGUGUGUGUGUCUUUGUUACUGUGUCUUUGUGUCUGUGUGUGUGUGUCUUUGUGUGUAUUUUUGUUUUGGUGGGUGGCCAGCACCACUGACAAUGUUUACACACCGCACCAGGAACUCAUUUGAGGCUGAGUCGACCUAGGGGAGGACCAUGACCGGUUUACAAACAUUGAUAGCGAUUGUAUGAAUUGGUCUUGGGUCUCACCUAGGUCGACUCAGCCUCAAAUGACUACAGGUAGUCCUCUACUUUCGAUGGAGAUGCGUUACGACGACCCCAUCAUAAGUCAAAAAUAUCGUAAGUCGAAGAUGGCUCAGCCUACGCAGGAGUCUUAAAGAAUGGUGAUAAUUUAGCAAAACAGAGCAAUUUACAGUACCGUACUGUUUAAACUAUAUAUUGUAUUUAUUAAUUACAAUACUGUAUUGCACAGUAAAAUGUAAAGUAAAAAAACAGGUUAAAUUCUUAGCCUACCUAUAUGAUCUGCUAUGAAAAAAACUUUUAACAUGCAUUGAACGUAUCGUAUCGUGGUAACCCUAAAAUGAAAUCGCUAAAGCUACGUAUCAUACAUGCAUUGAACGUAUCGUAACGUAUAUUGGACUGUACUCACCAAUAUUCAUACCUCGUACACUGCUGCGUUUGAUGCCGCGCGAAAUUUAAAAUAUUUAACAAUUUUGUCUUAUCGCUAUCACCAUCGUAAGAUCGAAAUAUCGUAAGUCGGACCAUCGUAACUCGGGGACUAUCUGUACAUGGUGCGAUGAGUAAAACAUUACCCCUGGGGAUACAAAGGCGGGUCUCUCCCAGGCUGGCCUUCAUAGGUGAAACUCACUAACAGCCCUUAACUCAACAUUAUUUGAAAGCUAUACGAGAUCUUUGUCUUCGGGUAAGUGGAUUGGUGUUUAUGCCUUUGUGUGUCUUUGUUAUUAUGUGUGUGUCUUUGUUACUGUCUGUGCGUAUCUUUGUCUUUGUUAUUGUGUUUGUGUCUUUGUUACUGUGUCUGUGCGUAUCUUUGUCUUUGUGUGUCUUUGUUAUUGUGUUUGUUUCUUUGUUACUGUGUCUGUGCAUGUGUAAUAAAAGACUCGACAACUG